GGUCCGCCCGCACGGCAGGGGGCGCUGUGGGCGGAAGUGACGCUGUGUGCGCUGCGGGGAGCGGUGCGGAGCCGGCGGGAUGAACGCGCCGCCAGCAUUUGAGUCGUUCCUGCUGUUCGAAGGGGAGAAAAAGAUCACCAUCAACAAGGACACCAAGGUGCCCAACGCCUGUUUGUUCACCAUCAACAAGGAGGAUCACACGCUGGGAAACAUCAUCAAGUCGCAGCUGCUGAAGGACCCCCAGGUGCUGUUUGCAGGUUACAAGGUCCCGCACCCCCUGGAACAUAAAAUCAUCAUCCGCGUCCAAACGACCCCGGAUUACAGCCCCCAGGAGGCCUUCACCAACGCCAUCACCGACCUGAUCAGCGAGCUGUCCCUGCUGGAGGAGAGAUUCAGGGUUGCCAUUAAAGACAAACAAGAAGGAAUCGAGUGAAAUCAGCCUGCUCUUAGUGUGAUACACUGCUGAUGAAGAACGAUGUGUCUGAGUGAAAUGCUUUAUUUAAACCUUCAUUCAAUGCCAAUUACUUUCCUUCCAGUCCUACUGACUUUGGCAGCAGUAUUGGGAGGGGAUGUUUGUAUCUGACAUGUCUUGUUUGAUUUCAUGGCUUAAUUCACUAAAAUGGUUUUCACUUUUCUAACUGGAGCCUCACUGUCACUAUGUGCACUAUGCUGUAGCUCAGUCUCACUGCCCUUAUGGCAAUGAGGAGAUGCUGAGUGGCAAUAACGGGUCACAGCCCUGGUUUCCCAUUCCAAGAAGUUCAGAUUCUGCCAGCAGA